AUGAGUUUCACGGGUUCGUUAGUGUUGGCUGGUGUUGGCGGUUUGGUGUACAAGUUCACUGGGGGCCAAUCGUACGAGAAGCUUCCAGCUGUCACUAUUCCCUUCAAUGAGUACUCAGACAAGGUCUACAAAAAACACUUCACAAAGGUAGUGGGCCGUACCAAGUACAUCUUGAUGAACUUCUUCAAGGAUGCGUUCACUGGUGGCGCCUUCAUAUACCCUUUUAGGGGGUUUUUGGAGUUUAACGCCAACAAGAGCAGCUAUUCGACCACAAUGCUGAGUGUUUUAUCGAGCUACUUAGUAAUGUUUGCGCUGGUGAGCUUUGUUUAUUGGGCCACCAUCACGCCAAUGUACACGGCAUUUUUGAUUGUGCUGGGUCCCAUUGGUCUCUUCAUUGCCAUUUUGCACUCUUUUUUGCAAGCUAACGUAUUCACUUUGUUGUUUAUGAGACUGAGCCACUUCAACAACCAUUUGGUGGAGGUUUGCCUAAAAAAGAAGGGCCUACAGCAAGAUUCCCACCUGGGGAAGCCAAUCAAGUACUAUGUGCCUAUUAAUUCGGUGUAUUUCUGGGCUUAUUAUUUCCCCUUUAAGUUGGUAAAGUACAUCCUGGGGCUAGUGGUUCUUCUGGCUCUCUUAUCCGUAUCAUUUUUCCCACUGGUGGGGCCCGUGCUUUUCCAUGUUUUGAUUUCUCCUUUCAUUGCCCAAAUUUACUUUUCAAAAGUUUUACGUUUACAAAAUUUCAACAACCUACAGAGACGUGAAAACAUUUAUCUUCAUGCAGGCCAAUAUGCCUCGUUUGGAUUGUUGGCAGGGUUGAUAGAGUCUGUGCCAGUUUUGGCAGGAUUUGCCAUCUCCACAAAUACCAUUGGUAGUGUUUUAUUGAACAUUGAUUAUCCGAUGGUUCCGGAAAUCGUAACCGUCGUUGAAACUAAUAUUGAAAUUGAAACAGUACCCCAGGAGACCAAUGAACAGGUAAAUUAUUAA